CGAGAGCGGCGGCGGGCAGGGCGGAAGGGAAGCCGGGGAUUCCGGGUCCGCAGGCCCCGCUCGGUGGAGGAGCGAGGGGGCUACGAACCCGGGUAGCCUCUUCCCAUUUCCCAGUGGGGCUGUGGUGAAAGGAGGAGAGAUCCCCGACACCUGGCCUCAUUCAUGUGGGGAAAAUGGGCAGCCGCGGACGCUCAGAGAGGGAGAGCGGUCGCCCAUGGGCACCCAGCACUUGGAGGCAGGACGAAUCCUCUGAGCAGUGCGGCCUCAUUAAGGCCACCAUUCAUUGAGAUGUCCCCCCCUCCCCCAGGGGCUGGGAGGCCAGGGCUGAGCUUAGUGCCGGGAUCGUGAUUAGUCCUAUUUAUAGGGGCUCUCGCCUUAAUAUUCCGCUUGGCACCUCUCUUGCCAAUCAAAUCAGUGCCGUCUGCGGUGUGAUUGUGCUUUAGUGGCACCGGGGAGCCGAGUUAAUUAAACCAAGUAUAAAUAGACUCUGCCCUUGUCUGCAAUUUGCUGAAGUGCUGCUCCCCUUCCGCCUCUUCCCUCCCCCUCCCCCAUCUCUCCUCCAGGCUUACACUCAGCCCACUCUGCGGUCUUGGGCCUGAUCCUCCAGUCUGCCCCUGGUUAGUCUGCCCAAGGACCAGGCUUUGAGUCUCCCAGCCCGAGACCAAACUCGAUGUUCUGUGCCCGUGGAGCUGCCCUGAGCAGCGUUUAGCACAGGCACCAUGACGACCAUGACACAGUCACAUUACCUGGAGGGCCAGGCCUACUCUGUGCCCUUGAUCCAGCCGGAUCUUCGGAGAGAAGAGGCUAUCCAGCAGGUAGCAGAUGCCUUACAGUACCUCCAGAAGGUCUCUGGUGACAUCUUCAGCAGGAUUUCCCAACGUGUAGAAAUGAGCCGGAGCCAGCUGCAGGUCAUUGGAGAGAGGGUCUCUUUGGCUCAGGCCAAGAUCGAGAAGAUCAAGGGCAGCAAGAAGGCAAUCAAGGUGUUCUCUAGUGCCAAGUAUCCAGCCCCAGAUAGACUGCAAGAGUACAACUCCAUCUUCUCAGGAGCCCAGGAUCCUGGGGCUCAGAGGCGCAUCCGACACAAGAUCCAGAGCAAGCACCGACCCCUAGAUGAAAGGGCCCUGCAGGAAAAACUGAAGUACUUCCCUGUGUGUGUGAGCACUAGACCCCAGCCUGAAGAUGAGGCCGAGGAGGGACUUGGGGGCCUUCCCAGCAACAUCAACUCCCUCAGCUCCUUGCUGCUCUUCAACACCACUGAGAACCUGUACAAGAAGUAUGUCUUUCUGGACCCUCUGGCCGGGGCUGUGACAAAGACUCAUGUGACACUAGGGACAGAAACUGAAAAGUUGUUUGAUGCCCCCUUAUCCAUCAGCAAGAGGGAGCAGCUGGAGCAGCAGGUAGCAGAGAAUUACUUCUAUGUACCAGAUCUGGGCCAGGUGCCUGAGAUUGAUGUGCCAUCCUAUCUGCCAGACCUUCCUGGCAUUGCUGAUGACCUCAUGUACAGUGCUGAUCUAGGUCCUGGCAUAGCACCUUCUGCCCCUGGCACCAUUCCUGAGCUACCCACCUUCAAUACUGAGCUUGCUGAGCCAUUUAAGCCAGAAACAGAUGCUGACACACCAGUAGCACCACCACCACCUCCACCACCCCCUCCUCCUCCUCCACCAGCCCCUGCAGGAUUGGUCAGUGCACCUCCACCCCCACCUCUGCCCCAGCUCACCUCAGCCCAGCCAGCCAGUGAGGACAACAGCAGCAUGGCUCCUUCAGUCACAGUUCACGUACCCCCUAAGGAAGUAGUCGAUCCUUCCAGUGGAAGGGCAACCCUGCUAGAGUCAAUCCGCCAAGCUGGAGGUAUUGGCAAGGCCAAGUUACGGAGUGUGAAAGAGCGAAAACUGGAGAAAAAGAAGCAGAAGGAACAGGAACAAGUGAGAGCCACAAGCCAAGGUGGUGACCUGAUGUCAGAUCUCUUCAACAAACUAGUCAUGAGACGCAAAGGCAUCUCAGGGAAAGGACCUGGAGCAAGCACUGGGGAAGGACCUGGGGGAGCCUUUGCCCGAAUGUCAGACUCAAUUCCACCCCUACCAAUGCUACAACAACCACCUGGAGAAGAAGAUGAGGAUGAAUGGGAGUCAUAGGAAGGCCCCUGCUUUCCCUGGAAGUCACACCUGAGCUGUUGCCCCAAGUCAGAUGAAACAUGGACACCCUCAUAGUGUAACCCUGAUUUAGUUCUUAUUAAAGGUUCCUCAGCUCAUCCUGGAGAUGGGGGAUGGAACACA